AUGGCGGCCUCGGAGAGGGGAGAUGAUGAGGUAGAGGAGGCUGGGCAGGUAUUUCUUUUGAUGAAGAAAGACUACCGGAUUUCACGCAAUGUACGCCUGGCCUGGUUUCUUAAUAAUUUACAUCAAGUUAUUUUGGCAGUGCCUGAAUCAGAGUUGGUGAAUUCAGACAGUGAGUUGGAUAUUCUCAGCAUACUACCAAGUAGCUGGCAACCUGAUGAGCCUGUGCAACCCAGGCCUUACCUAUUGGUGCCUUCUACAAAAGUCACCUUCCUUGCACGCCAGUACCGUUUCGUGAUUGAACUAGACUUGAGUCCUUCUACAGGGAUUGUGGAUGAUUCCACAGGAGAGAUAAUUUUUGAUGAAGUGUUCUAUGCCCUUUCUCGAUGCUUAGUGGGGUUGUUGAAACCCUUUCGAAUCCCAGGCUCAGACAUUAUCUACCAACCUGAGAUCUUUAUUACUAUCCAAGCAUAUUCUUCCAUCAUUGGCCUACCGACACACCAGGUGCUGUUCCAGGGUUGUCAGUUGGAUGAGACUAAAACAGAGAGUUUCCUGCAGCAAGUUUACAGACAGCUGUGUGUUUUUGAAAACAAAGUGGCUGAGAUGCUCCAGCAACAGUAUGAGCCCAGAACUCAGGUGGAUCUGUCAUCUCUUAACCAGGAGCGUCUAUGUGAUCCCCAGGAGCCCUCAGGGAGGAAGUUGGGAGUGUCCAUGGUCACUGCUGAUGUUGGACUUGUCAGCAUGAUUCGGCAGGGAAUUCUGGCAUUGCAGCUGCUGCCCUGUAACUCCAGUGCAGGUAUUAUUGUGAUCACAGAUGGUGUCACCAGUGUCCCGGAUGUAGCUGUCUGUGAGACGCUACUCAACCAACUGCGCAGUGGCACAGUGGCUUGUUCCUUUGUUCAGGUGGGAGGAGUCUACUCCUAUGACUGCAGUUUUGGUCAUGUCCCCAAUGUGGAACUCAUGAAGUUCAUUGCCAUGGCAACAUUUGGCACAUAUCUUUCAACGUGCCCUGAGUUGGAGCCUUCUAGUUUGGACCUGAAUGUCUAUCACAAGGCUUUUCUACUGUACACCUUUCUACGCAGUGGGGAAUCCAUGAAUCCUGAGUAUUACUGUGUGUCCCAGCAUAGACUGUUCAAUGAACACCUUGUUUCUGCAAGCAGCAACCCUGCCCUGGCUAUGAGGCGGAAGAAACAUACAGAAAAAGAAGUGCAUGCUGACCUUAUCAGCAUAAUCUCUGUCCGGUUACGAGAAGGUUAUAGUAUUCGUGAAGUCAACAUUACAAAAGGUGGUGCUCAGUUAGAAGUGAAGCUAGUCCUGUUGUGGAAGCACAAUAUGAGGAUUGAGUACUUGGCAGUGUCUUCAUGGCCUCUAGAUCCUUCCAAACGUAGCACGUGGGUUGAAGUGACUAUGGAAGGCAGCUAUGACAUCUUGCAUGACAUCAGCUGCACCAUGAGGAAGCCCAUCACUAGCCUGUACCGCACAACUGUAAUUCGCCGCUUCUGGAACACCCUGCAGAGCAUCAACCAAACCGACCAGAUGCUGGUUCAUCUGCAGUCAUUUGAUAAUGUCCCAGAGCACUUCACCAUCCCUGAAAGCACCAGAAACGGGGUGCCAUUGUUCUACAUUCCUCCAGGAUCCACCACACCGGUACUGUCGCUGCAGCACAGCAGCUCAGACUCCAGCCACUCACAGUUUGCUGCUUAUUGGAAGCCCAUCCUUUCCAUGGAUGCCAAUUUCUGGCAGCGGUGGCUGCAUAUGCACCGCAUUGUUAUUCUCUUGGAGCAUGACAUGCCAGUUCCAAAGCAUUUGCACACCCCAGGCAGCAAUGGACGCUAUAGCACUAUCCAAUGCCGCAUCUCGCACUCUGCGCUAACUUCUUUGCUCCGUGACUGGAGUAGUUUUGUGUUGGUGGAAGGCUACUCCUAUGUCAAGCUCAUGUGCAGCUCAGAGGAUCUGCUUCCUUUUUCAUUUUAUGUGGUUCGGAUAAUUUCCAAAGCCCCCUGCAUGGUUCUUCGGCUGGGAUUCCCAAUUGGGACACUUGCAAAGAUCAGGAACAAAAUUGUGGAAGAAUUACGAGAUCGUAUCCUGCAGCUGCGCUUUCCCCACAGAGUUCAGAGUAAGGAGGCCACUCCAAAAGUGAAGAGGAAGGUCCUGGGCAGCAGCUCGCCAUCAAAGUCACCUCCUGUGUCUGGGGCCCAACCAACCCUGUCAGACAGGCCUUGCCUUAUAGCACUGCACAAGCCUUUGGAGAAGCUCCUCAUCAGAUACGAGAAGCUACCCUCUGACUAUCGUGUUCCAUGCCUUUUACCACUGGAGAAUCCCCCCAUGUCAGGCCCGCUUACCAUGGUAGCUAACCGUACAGCUUCCUCCACCUUGGCCUCCUUGUCUCGCUAUUUCUAUCACCAGCGCUGGAUCUGGUGUGUGCAGUCAGGGCUGGUACCUGCCUUGCCCAUCACAGCUGUGGCACAGUUGCUGUCCACUCUAACAGAAGUUCGUCUGUCUGAGGGCUUUCAUUUUGCAUCCAGUGGUGAUGGGAUUAUCAACAUGGUGUUGGAGUUCCCUAUGCGGAGCAAUUCCUCAAGAGACCAUGGCAGUGAGACGCUCACUUGCAUUGUCCAAUAUGUGCUAUUUCCACCACAUUCAACUUCUACUAAAGACAGUUUCUCCACAGAUGAUGACAAUGACACAGAGGUAGAGGCCAUUGAGGUGGACAUGGAGCUGAACCUUGUCACAGAGUGCUGGGUGGAGCCACAGAGCGGCUAUGUGGAUAGUUCAUCAGACAGCUGGCAGCACCUGCAUGGCCUGUCUUACCAGAAAAUCCCCAAAGCGCUUUUCCCCCGAGACCUGAUGUGCAUCCAUACCAUCCUUGCCUUUGAGUACAUCAGCCAGCUGUGCCAGAAUAAGGACUGGAUCUUCCCAGCAUGUGACCCCAAGGCUACUGCCACCGAAGGUCGUGACACUGGAAGUGGUUCCCGUGUACAUGAGAUUCCUUUCCAGUUUGACCUCAUGAAGCUGCUCCCCAAAUGUCAGCAGAUUGAAAUGUUCUUCCUGAUGCUGACAGGAGAGGAUGAUGGGAUCACAAAGGACUCUUCUUUCCUGCCUAAUGAAAUGCUUCUCAGCCUCUUUCAUGGCUGCCUCCAGCAUGACCUCAGCGACAGGGAAAUUACGUUGUCGGGCAGAGACCAUGUAACUUUCAUGGAGCAGGUGCUACAGAGGGACCGAGAUGGCCACCCUCCUCCAUUUAAGCUCCCAGUGAUCCAAGCAGAACCGAAAGCCCCCAUGUCCUUGGAGCAGCAGGAUCCAACUGGCCCUUACCACUCUGUUGGCAACAAGGACACGGCCACUUCCACAAAUGCCCAGCAGACUUCAAACAAUAUGGAGGGGUCAGGCGAUGAUAUCUCACCAGCAGGUGUGUCUGAAAACCUCUUCCCCCAGUGGCGAUGCUAUGCUAAACUGGCCAAUCCACAGCAUCUUUUCCUCAUCUUUCUCCCAGCUACAUUCUCAGACAUACAGAGAUUGAUAGCUUAUGAGUCAGAAAACGCUGAAUCAACACCUUCCGAAGGAGAACAGGAGCUGGAGGCGGCAGGGUCACUUCCAACUGUCAGUGUCACACCAGCCAAUGAAAUUGGCCAUGAGACUGCAGAUCCCGAUGCUACACCAAGAAGAGAAGCACGUAUCUCCUUCAGCCGCCAGGUGUCUCAGCCUGACAUCAGUGAGAGCUGCCGAGUCCGCUGCCCUGUCUAUGUCUACAGCUGCUCCUUGGAGCUGCUACGGGAGCAGAUGAUCACUCCCAAGCCAGAUAAGCCUCUGCGAGAUAUCUUUUUCAGAAGCCAGUCUGUGGAGCGCCCCACCAGUGCUCCCUGGCUAGAUCCCAAGCACAAGGAACUGGUGAGUUACUGCACUUUGCUGCAAGAACAUUCCCACCAGUGCUACGUGAAAGGGCUGUUCCGGAGCCUUCAACAGGGUCACAGCAUCAGCUGCCCUGACUUGCUCAUCGCCGUGGAUUAUUGUGAGGAGCUUCUUCAAGAGAUAGACAUCACAAGCUUCUUACUUACUUUGUGUAGCCACGUGCGCUCCUUCUGUGAGCGCCACCAUCACCUGCCCACCAGUUUAGAAAGAGAAACAACGCAAGCCUCCCAAGGGCGGGGUGUGUUGGUCUCUGUUUCCAGUGCUGAGACAGAGGAUUUCAGUGAGCAAGAUUCCCAUGUCUCUUCCUGCCCAGCCCAAGAGUCCAGGCAGAGCUGCUGUCCAGAGUUUCCCCUCUCACUACUAGAGAGCAGCCAGCCCUGCCAGGCACACCCUGACCUGCACAGGAUCAUCCAGGAGAAAUUCUUGGAGAUUGGUAGUUUGCAUUUUAAGCCAGUGCCAUCCAAUCCUCAUUAUUUUUUCUACUGUCCUCCUUCAGCCAAAAAAGAGGAGGAAGUGUCUCGGGAACAUGCAGAUAGGAAAGGCAGUGAAGAUGUGGAGAGUUCAGAAACUGAUCUGGCAGCUGAUGAAGGGAAUGCAUCUGCUUGUGGGAUUGGCACUGAGAGUGAUCCAGAACUGGAGGUGGAAUAUCGGGACCGGCUGGACCAUGAAUUCCUAGAAACAGAUUCCCUGUCAGACUCCAACACUGUUAACCAAGAUGAGGACUCCUUCAGUGUGCUGGGAGACUCUUUAGCAGAGCAAGAGCUACUCGAACAGGACAUGCCACCCCUUUUCGUGCACCUGACGUGUUCUGUGAAGCUGCGCAGUCAGCAUAGUUCCAUGCCUGUUCUCUCACUGCCCACGUGCUUGGGAGAGGUGCUAGGCUGCCUUGAGAGCUGUAAGGCCAUGCACACCAUUGACCUAUGUGAUCUCUCUGUGACCCUUGACAUUUUUGUUCUGACCCUUCCGCUGGAGAUCGAAAUGGUGAACGACUUGCAUCACAAUAGGUACACUUCUGAGAGCAGUGCCUCGUUUACCCGUUCCCCAGGUCGGCCCUCCUCCUUCCGCUCUGAUGAGGAGCUUAUACACACCCUGGACAGGCUACCAUCAACUGUGGAAGAUGGGCACCCAGCACUCUCCAACCUUCCUGGAGUGCACAGGCAAGCUGUUGAAGCUACUAUGACAGAGAUCCGCUGGCUAUUGGAUGAUGAAAUUGUGUCAGCAUUGCGCCACUCACGCCCAAUCACUGCUGAUAUCUUGAGCCGGGUGGCUUCACAUGUUUACAGUUCCCAAGGCCGCCCAAGCUGCCAUUGUGAGGCUGUCCCCUUGCAGUUUGUGUUUGGUCCUGAGAGCUCUCUGGAAAGGUUUCGUGAGGAGUUCCAGAGAAUGACCUUACCAGGCUAUGUGCUCAAUGCUGAGGGGAAUGAUUUCUACUAUGUUUCCAUCAGUCGACUGCAUGCCUCAGUAGGUGGGCCCAGCCCUCCAGUGACACUUGCAAGCACCAUGACAGGAGGCGGGUGUGAUAGCAGCAACAGGACAGAAGACUCCUUGCCUUGUUCCACUCCCCCUGAGGAGGCGCAUGGUUCCUGGGCAUGGCCAGGAAGUGAAAGCAGGACUGGACUGGAGACAGGAGAAUUACUGGGAAUGAGUAGCCUGGCGCACGGUGAGCUGUCAGAGGAAGGUUCAAGGCUGGAGCAGGCCAGUACUUUGGAGCGUGGCUCUCUGGAUGAGGAGUCUACUUUGACCCAGCCGCAGGCCUUGGUUUCCUCCUCAGAGAAUUGGAACAAUGAUAAAUCACCCUCAGCAACACCAUCUGUAGCAAGUCUGGCAGACUCUGUGACCACAGGCAGGGGAGGUUGUGGGAAGCAGCAUCCCAGUCGGGUGCAGAGCCUGGUAUCCAGUCAGGGUAGUAUGGAUUCUGAUCUCCUUGGGUACGAUGGUGGAAGCAGUGAUUCCGAAUGCGAGGAGGCAGUGAUAAGUGACCUGGAAUCCAAGUGCCCUCUCAUGCCUGAUUUCUGGCUGAUCAUAAAAAUCCACCAAGAUCGAGUGGAAGUUUGUUCUCACACACGCAGCUUGAGUGCAGUGAAAGCAACCCUGAAUGAGGAAGGGGAGUGUGUACACCAUCACCGUACUGUGGUGAAGAAAGUUGGAGAGAUCUGCCGCAUUGUUAACCAGCGGCUGUUGCUACAGGAUCUGCACGAUAGCCACAUUUGCAAUUCUCUGUUGGUCGCUGAGAGUGAGGAGGACAUCUGGAAAAGUGAGACACCGUAUACGUACCGGCAACGCACUGGGCCUGAUGAUUACCCUGGAGAGGAAAGCUACCAGCCUCGUGACUACCUGGCAGCCACCAUGCAAUUCAUGCCUGGACACUUUGCGUGUGAUGCAGUCUGGAGCACCAUUAUCCAUGUACACUCGCGGCUCAAGAUGGGGCCCAACAUGGGUGUUGCGCGUGCCAUCCAAGCCCUGCGCUCUGUGCUCAAUGCCUUCUCAGUUGUUAACAGGAAGAAUAUGUUUGUUUAUCAGGAGCGCUCAACCAAGUCUGUUUUCUACUUGCGUCUUGCAUGCCGUUCCCUGGCACUUUCACGCAGCGAGGAGCCCAUAUAUAUCGAGGACCUGAGUGGUUCUCGCUCCUCCUUGGACACAGCCUCUUGCCGCAGUGUGGAUUCAGCCCGUCCUGUGAGCCAAGUGGACAGACACAUCCAGCUGGUGGUUCAUGGAGUGUCACAGGCAGGACCGGAGAUCACAGAUGAGCUGGUAAAAGUUCUGCGCAGGCGUUUGGAUGAGGCCACCCUGGAUAUCAUCACAGUCAUGCUCGUGCGGAAUUGCAAGCUUACCCCAGCUGAUGUGGAGUUCAUACAGCCACCAGGCAGCCCACCCACUGCAGUGCUGCAGUUUACUCUUCCCCCGUCCUGCCUGCCCUGGCUCCCAGCUGUGGCUUGCUACUUGCGGCAGAACCUGCUGAUCUUCUUGCACACACCCAAGUAUACAGACAGCAAUGUAGAGAACCACUUCAAGCACUAUUUCCACCAGAACAGCUGUGGCCCUGACCUGGAUCUCUACCUGUACAAUAAACCUGGAGGCCAAGGGACUGGUGGCAAAGGGAUAGCAUGUAUUGCCCUGUCUUUUGUGGACAGCCAUGGAAAUCCCAUCUCGUUAGCUCGCUGGGUGAGGCCACCCACUUCCCUGCUAAGUACAUCAUUCCUUCAGGAGGCGGAUUUUGAGAGUUUGACUGCUGUCCACCAAUACCAGGCUGAGCCUGGCACAUCACAGCCAGCCAUCUGUCCUCUGUUGCGCCUGGAUAUCUGGGAAAAGGGCAACAUCAGCCUGCUGCAGCUGUCUGAAAGACUGUGCAAUGCUGUGCGCCAUGCCCUGUGUGAUGCUAUCAUGGAAUUCCGUGUCCUUCCCAAUCCACUGUGUGUGGAGCCUCCCACUGAGCUAGAGGAUCCAGGAAACCUGUGCAGGAUGAUGACAGAGACUAAGGGACUCAUCCAAUUUGCUGGAGGCAAAGUUUGUCCACACCCUCUGCAUUUCACUGUGCCCACUACGGUUGCUGGUGAGCCCAUCACACCCACCAGUAAGAUGGGCCGGCGCAGCUUCUGGGACAUGCUGAGUAAACCAGAGAUGGUGGAGCAAGGAAGCCCUAAGACCACAGAUGACAUUGUGCUGGAGCGGCCGGAAGAGAGUCGUACCCGCCGUCGCCACAAGACUGAGAAUGUAAAGCAGCCCUUGAGCCAGGAGCGUGUUGUGGCAGCUGCUGAGCAGGGGCAGGCCCAGAGACGUCGGACCUGCCAGUUAGAGGAAGGAGAUGCAGGAAUCCUGCACCCAAUUUUCAGUCAGACCUGCCAGUUCUGGAUGGCAUUCAUGAACCGCCUGGGGUGUCCCUCUGUACAGCAGUGUGCCUUGGAGAGUGUCUCUCGCUUCCUCCUCCCGUCCAUCCUGCUGGAAGUGGUGAGCCUCGUCACCACACUGGCAAAUGACACCUCUGUCAAAGUGUUUGAAAGAGUCAGCUGUCCCCAAGGGAUCUCCUUUCUGCCAUAUUCCCUGCCAGGCACCAAUACCCGACCAGCUGUCAUUCGACACUUCACCUUGCUGGGGCGUAGUUUCCACCAGUGGCGUCACAGCACAGAACAAGCCCUAAAGGGAUUCCAGCGGUUUGAGGCUACCGAACUUGGCACUACAGAGAAGGGUGUUGAUGUGGUCCCUCGGCAAAGAUUCCUUUUCAUGGAGAUCGUUGACAAAAAGAUGGUUCUUUACACUUACAAUUGGUCUGUGGACCUGGGCAGUGCUCUGAGCAGCUCCCUCACUCGCUUGUUGCAGUGGCAGAAUGCUCGUGCCCAUGUUGUGCACUGCCUGCUUAGCCAGAAGCUUGGCCUUUUCCAUCACUACUGCUACAUGGACACACCAUGGCAUGAGGACAGCAAGCAGGAACAAAAUCCCUUUUUGAACUCCACCCUGGAUGUGGAUGCCCUGAUCCGCAGUUCCAGCGUUCCCCCGAGCAAAGAGCAGGGUCGGCUCAGCAGCUCUGCACGUAUCUUGCCGCCUCUGCAUUUCCCUCCUUAUAUGGUGCCCUUUGAUGAGGCCCUUCGUGAUGUCUCAGCCAAUCGACCUGUCCAUCACAGCCCGGAGCUGAGUGUCCUCGACCGUGUGGCCCAGCAUGGAGCUCAGUUCCUGGAGAUCAAGAGCAUAGAGAGGAAAGAGCUGGAGAAACAGAUGAAGAUUGAGAAUCUCUUUGUGACGUGGCAGCAGCGGUCCGCACAGUCCAACAUGCCCAUCAGUAUUGCAGAUUUGGAAACCCUGAAGCAGUCAUCGCGCUUGGUCCACUACUGUGCUACACCACUGCUCUUUGAUCCUACCUUCCGGCAGCAAAUUCAGGCUGACCAACAGGGCAAGCCAGAGGGAAAGAAGCGGCACCGUUCAAAUGACUCCACGGCAUCCAGCAGGGACCGCAGCCACAGCUGCGACUCUACAGAGGGGCUGCCAUGUCGGGCCAAGGAUGAGGCCUGGCUGCUAGAGCUGUGCCAUACAUUCCUGCAGCAAUAUAUCCAAUACCUGCAGAGCAUGGGCUUCAUCUUGGUGCAGGUGCGCCCCGCCUCACCCACCCGCAGCAGCACAAGUCGGAUCAGAGCUCUGGCAGCAAUGGGCAGUGAAGGGCGAGGAUCCUUCUCAUAUACCAGACCAAAGACUGAUGGGAGUCCAAAGAGUACCAGCCCUCCUGUUACUACAUACCAUUUGCAAAGAGCUCUGCCUGGGGGCAUCGUGCUAAUGGAAUUGGCUUUUCAGGGCUGUUAUUUCUGUGUGAAGCAGUAUGCACUGGAGUGCUCACGGAUCCCCAUGGGUCAGACUGUCAAUUCACAGCUCUCUAUGCUCUUCACGGAGGAGUGUGACAAAGUGCGUGAUCUCAUGCAUGUGCACUCAUUCAGCUACGAUUUCCACCUGCGCAUUGUGCACCAGUACCUGCUUGGCUCCCACAUGGCACUGCGACAAGGCUAUCACCUCACUGGAUUCCUGGAAGACUUCAUUGCCCAGCAUCCUGACAUCCCCAAGUUUGGACGCAACCACAUCUUCCAGGGUACGUUGGCCUUGCCUACCAACACUAUAACAGCCCACCAGCUCUACAACUACAUAACUGACCAUGCCAGCACUUACCAUAUGAAGCCACUGCGCAUGGUCAGGCCAGGAACUAGCACGGAGGGCAAGAAGGGAACCCCCAUCCCUGAGCAAAAUGAGUAUGCCCUAGUCUCCAUCUGGAACAGCUCUGGUUCCUACAAGGAUUCUGAGGGUCUGCGUCACCAUGAUGACUUUGAUGUAUCGCUGCUUGUGUGCCACAGUGCAGCACCCUUUGAGGAGCAGAGCGAGGCUGAGCGACACAUGCUACGGUUGAACUUCUAUGUGAUCAUGACAAGCCAGCGGGAACUCUUCCCACGAUUAACAGCUGAUAUGCGGCGUUUCAAAAAGCUGCCACGCCUGCAGCGGGAGUCAUUAGAACCAGUUCUCGGACGUGCAGCUUGGGAGACAGCGGAGGACGGAUGGCAGCGAAAGGAAGUGCCAGAGCCCUGGGAGGAGGUAGAGAACAGUGGCGAGUUCUAUGCAGGAGGUCCACAAGUCAAGGUGGGCCCUGGGCUCUUCUACACAUCCCCACUCUUCCCACUGCUCACCUCAGAGGUUGCCGCCGCCCAGAAGCAGCUCAGCGACAUGGUGCAGCUUGCCAAGUGUCAUUGUCGCCGUGACAACCUCUGGAAGCGGCUCUUCCUGCUUGAGCCCCUUGCCUCUGACAAGCUCAAGAUGGGCAAGCUCUCCCUGGGUGAACUGGAGGAACUGCUGGAUGCUGUGCACAGGAAGUCCAUUGCAGACAUCGAUCCCCAGUUGAGCUGCUUUCUCACCAUGACUGUCUCCUGGUACCAGAGUCUCAUCAAGGUGCUGCUGAGUCGUUUCCCACAGAGCUGUCGCCAUUUCCAGAAUACAGAUUCUGGCACCCAGUAUCUGGUUGUGCUGAACCAGAAAUUCACAGACUGUUUUGUUCUUGUAUUUCUUGAUUCCCAUUCAGGAAAAACGAGUCUGACAGUGGUUUUUCGGGAGCCAUUUCCAGUGCAACCCCAGAACAGCGAGAGCCCAUUGCCUCAGCUUGUGUCCACAUACCACCAUCUGGAAUCUGUCAUAAACACAGCUUGCUUCAACCUCUGGACAGGGCUGCUGUAGUACUGGUUGGUCCCUCUCAUUUGGGACAUGGGGCACAGACCCGGCAACAGUGGGGCUGGAACCAAGGAGAAGGCUCAGGAUAGCGGGUGCCGAGGAGGACUAUGAGCAGCGUGAGGCUACAACUAGCCAGCUGACAGACCAUUUUGAAGGAUUCUGGCUGAGCUGAAUGGAAUCACUGUGGGAAGUGGGAUGCUCUGAAGACAGGAGCACAGACUGUCCUGCUGGGCUAAAAGGGUGGAUUCCACACCUUCACAAACCAACCAACCACCAAGUGAGGCACUGGGUGGGCAAGGCCUUCCUUGGCCUUUCGGCUCUCUGGAACCAGGACAAGAGACUGAUGGAGUGGCAGACUUGGCCCUGCCUUUUAGAGUGACCCACUGGGUGGGUUUUAGCAGUGGGAGGAUAUGGCACAAUAAUGGGAAUGUUUUAUAUGAAGUGAAUGUACAGUAAAUUAAAUAAUGCAGAUCGUUACUUGUAAAAU